AUGUGGCCGUGGAGAUCCCCGCGGCCGCUGUGCCGCUCCCCCGGGACCCCUGCGCCUCUGGGGAGGGAGCGGCCGGGCCGGGCAGGGCAGGUGCCCCGGGGAACGGGGGUGGUGCAGAGAAGUGGAGGGGAGAGAGUUGAAAAAGGGGAGAAAGAAACCUUUUUUGUUAUAGUGAUAUCAGAGCCAAAUUCUCGGUUUGUUCCCUAUGGUCAACACUCCUGGGAAGAGCUGAAACGAUCUGUUGCAACUAUAGAGUGCAGCUGGUUUUACAGAUGCUUACUUGGUGGUCCUCCUGAUUCCGACCAGGACUGGGCUCAUCUUACAGUAGCUGGGAGGAGGCAUGGCCAAGAUCCAGUGCUUACCCUGUGCCACCUCACGUCCUUGCCAGUGGUGGGGGAAAGGGAGCCUCUUCCUGGGACAAGGAAUACCCUCUGGCCAGCCAAGGGAGGCAGAGGGAGCAGUGCUGUGCUGCCGGUUCUGGGAUGGAGGGACUGGUUGGAGUGGUGUGGCUGUGGUCAGGUCCAGCUCUGGUAUCUAGUGGAUAGUCGCUGGUUCAAACAGUGGAAAAAAUAUGUUGGUUUUGACAGCUGGGACAAAUACCAGAUGGGAGAUCAGAAUGUGUAUCCUGGUCCUAUUGAUAACUCUGGACUUCUCAAAGAUGGUGAUUCUCAGUCUCUCAAGGAACAUCUCAUUGAUGAGCUGGACUACAUCCUUUUGCCAACUGAAGGCUGGAAUAGGCUAGUGAGCUGGUACACACUGAUGGAAGGUCAAGAGCCAAUUGCACGCAAGGUCGUUGAACAGGGUAUGUUUGUUAAGCACUGCAAAGUAGAAGUAUACCUAACAGAAUUAAAACUGUGUGAAAAUGGAAACAUGAACAAUGUUGUCACACGAAGAUUUAGUAAAGCUGAUACAAUAGACACAAUUGAAAAGGAGAUAAGAAAAAUCUUCAAUAUUCCAAGUGAAAAAGAGACCAGAUUGUGGAACAAAUACAUGAGUAAUACUUUUGAACCUUUGAAUAAACCAGACAGUACCAUACAGGAUGCUGGUUUAUAUCAGGGACAGGUCCUGGUGAUAGAACAGAAGAAUGAGGAUGGAACGUGGCCAAGAGGUCCUUCAACUCCUAAGUCCCCAGGUGCAUCCAAUUUUUCAACUUUACCAAAGAUCUCUCCAUCUCUAUCAAAUAAUUAUAACAACAUGAACAACAGAAAUGUGAAAAAUUCAAACUAUUGUCUCCCAUCAUAUACUGCUUAUAAGAAUUAUGAUUAUUCAGAGCCAGGAAGACACAAUGAGCAGCCAGGCCUCUGUGGCCUGAGUAACUUGGGGAAUACAUGUUUCAUGAAUUCAGCAAUUCAGUGUCUGAGCAACACACCUCCUCUUACAGAGUACUUCCUCAAUGAUAAAUACCAAGAAGAGCUGAAUUUUGACAAUCCUUUAGGAAUGCGAGGUGAAAUAGCAAAAUCUUAUGCCGAGCUUAUCAAGCAAAUGUGGUCAGGAAAAUACAGCUAUGUUACCCCAAGAGCAUUUAAGACACAAGUAGGACGAUUUGCACCACAGUUUUCUGGUUAUCAGCAACAAGAUUGUCAAGAGCUACUGGCUUUUCUCUUGGAUGGCUUACAUGAGGAUUUGAAUAGAAUUAGGAAAAAGCCUUAUAUUCAGUUAAAGGAUGCGGAUGGGAGACCAGACAAGGUGGUUGCUGAAGAAGCCUGGGAAAACCAUUUAAAGAGAAAUGACUCCAUCAUUGUAGAUAUAUUUCAUGGCCUUUUUAAAUCUACCCUAGUUUGUCCUGAAUGUGCUAAGAUAUCUGUAACCUUUGAUCCCUUUUGUUACUUGACACUUCCAUUACCUAUGAAAAAAGAACGCACUUUGGAAGUUUAUUUAGUUAGAAUGGAUCCACUUGCAAAGCCUAUGCAGUACAAAGUAGUUGUUCCCAAAAUUGGAAAUAUAUUGGAUCUUUGCACAGCAUUGUCAGCUUUGUCUGGUGUCGCUGCAGAUAAGAUGAUUGUUACCGAUAUAUACAAUCACAGGUUCCACAGGAUAUUUGCCAUGGAUGAAAAUCUAAGUAGUAUUAUGGAACGUGAUGACAUUUAUGUAUUUGAAAUUGCUAUCAAUAGAACAGAGGAUACGGAACAAGUCAUAAUUCCUGUUUGUUUAAGGGAAAAGUGCAGGCACACUAGCUACAGCCAUAGUGGUUCUUUACUAUUUGGUCAACCUUUUCUCAUAGCAGUGCCUAGAAACAAUACUGAAGAUAAACUGUACAAUCUGCUGCUGCUAAGAAUGUGCCGAUAUGUAAAAACAUGUACUGAAAGUGAAGACACUGAAGGUUCCCUGCAUUGCUGUAAGGACCACGGUAUCAAUGGUAAUGGCCCAAAUGGAAUACAUGAAGAAGGAUCUCCAAGUGAAAUGGAGACAGAUGAGCAAGAUGAUGAAUCCAGCCAGGAUCAGGAACUUCCCUCAGAGAAUGAAAAUAGCCAGUCAGAAGACUCAGUUGGGGGUGACAAUGACUCUGAAAAUGGAUUGUGUGAGGAUACUUGCAAAGGUCAACCACUCACAGGACACAAAAAGCGAUUGUUUACAUUCCAGUUCAAUAAUUUAGGCAAUACUGACAUAAACUACAUCAAAGAUGAUACGAGGCAUAUUAGAUUUGAUGAUAGGCAACCUAGGCUUGAUGAAAGAUCUUUCCUUGCUUUGGAUUGGGAUCCUGAAUUGAAGAAGAGAUAUUUUGAUGAUCGUGCAGCAGAGGAUUUUGAAAAACAUGAAAGUGUGGAAUAUAAGCCUCCCAAAAAGCCUUUUGUGAAAUUAAAAGAUUGCAUUGAGCUGUUCACAACAAAGGAAAAACUAGGUGCUGAAGACCCAUGGUAUUGUCCAAACUGUAAAGAACAUCAGCAAGCUACUAAGAAGUUAGACUUGUGGUCACUGCCCCCCGUGCUGGUAGUUCAUCUGAAGCGCUUUUCCUACAGCAGAUACGCGAGGGACAAGUUGGAUACAUUGGUUGACUUUCCAAUAAAUGACUUGGACAUGUCAGAGUUCCUUAUUAAUCCAAAUGCAGGGCCUUGCCGCUACAACUUGAUUGCUGUCUCCAACCACUAUGGAGGAAUGGGAGGAGGGCACUAUACUGCUUUUGCAAAAAAUAAGGAUGAUGGAAAAUGGUACUACUUUGAUGACAGUAGUGUGUCCACUGCAAGUGAGGACCAGAUAGUGUCCAAAGCAGCGUAUGUGCUCUUCUACCAGAGACAGGACACAAUCAGUGGAACUGGCUUUUUCCCACUUGACCGGGAAACUAAACAAGGUGCUUCAGCUGCCACAGGCAUCCCACUAGAAAGCGAUGAAGACAGCAAUGAAAAUGAUAAUGAUAUAGAAAAUGAAAAUUGUAUGCACACUAACUGAUGGGAAGAACUAGAAGCCAUAAAAGAGACUCUCUUACUGGGGAUACAGAGUGAAAGAGUGAAAAUGCCCACCAAAUUAAGAAUAAAAAUCUGAGAUGGGGAGUUUCAGAUAAUAGAAUGUAAAUCUUUAUUACGUUUUAACAUGUGCAGUACUUGAAGUGAAACAAUAAAAACUUAAACAGAAA